AUGAAUGAUGAUUAUCAACUUUCUUGCAUCAAUGUAAAUAACCUUGAAAAAGAAUUAGCAAAACAUCCGGAUAGAAAUUUUGUAAAAUAUUUAUUAGACGGUAUAACAAACGCUUUUGAUACCAUGGUGUCGAAAACAGAAUUACCAACAGUUGAAUGUAAAAAUCUACAAUCAGCUUUCCGAAAUCCAGACAGCGUUGAUAUUAUAAUUAAACAAGAGGUCGAUAAAGGUUAUCUAGUUGGGCCAUUCAAAAAGCUCCCUUUUGAUAGGUAUCGUGUGAGCCCAAUAGGUAUAGUGGAAGGCAAAUAUUCAGGAAAAAAGAGGUUAAUAGUUGAUCUGUCGUCUCCACAUGAAAGUCAAGAUCAUUUUAGUAUUAACGAUUUAAUCGAUAAAGAGCAAUGCUCGCUGUCAUACGUUAAAAUAGAUGAUGCAAUCAACGCAAUUAAAGAAUUCGGACGAUUAUCAAUACUAAAUAAGGCGGACAUUGCCGAUGCAUUCAAGCAAAUAGGGAUCAAAAGGGAUCAGCAUCAUUUAUACUGUAUUAAAUGGAGAAAUUUAUAUUACUAUUAUGUGCGUCUUUGUUUUGGCUCACGAUCAUCACCUAAAAUAUUUGACAACUUGUCAGUGGCAAUUUGUUGGAUAGCCAAGAACAAUUACAAUAUUCCAGUUAUACUUCAUCUGCUUGAUGAUUUUUUAACUGUUCAAGCAUCAGACACUUCAGGAGAUAGAACUAUGGCACUUAUCACUUUAAUUAUUAAUAGAUUGAAUAUACCAUUAUCUAAGAAAAAGACUGUAGGUCCACAUACCACACUAGAGUAUCUCGGAAUUAUAUUAGAUACAGAUAAGAUGGAAGCUAGACUUCCACAAGAUAAAGUUGAACGCAUUAUUUAUUUCAUUGGAACAUUUCUACGUCGACGUUCUAUUAAAAAACGAGAACUUUUACAACUCUUGGGACAUUUCAAUUUUGCCGCAAGAGUUAUUAUACCUGGACGGACUUUUGUAACUUAUCUCAUUAACCUAUCGACUAAAGUUAACAAUCUCAAUUACUAUGUUACACUGUCAGCCGAAUGUCGAGAUGAUUUAAAGAUGUGGUAA